AUGGGCUUGAAGCUGUUUGACGAGCCGGAUCAGUUUGGAAAAAGCCCGAAUGCAAAAGGCGCCGGAAAGAAGCCACAGGUUCCGAGAUUUAUGAAGAAAACCGGCGAGUGUAAUAUCCGGCAAGAUUCGAAAGAGAAAUUUGAACGAUUCAUUUCGGAUUUCUUUACGACGAUGAUUGAUCUUCCUUUCAGCAUUUUUAUGCUUUCUUAUGUUUCUUUUUAUGUCUUCAGCUGGAUAAUAUUUUCAUCUGUAUAUUAUGUCGAUGCCAAAGCUCGUGGAGACAUUGACUACUAUCAAGCAAGAGAGAAACUGGAUAACCUAUUAAAAGAAGAACUCAUUAAUUUUUCGAUCAACGCAACAUCAGACAGCAGCCGCCACUUGGACGAAAACGACGUGUUUUAUUUAAGAAACCUGGACCAGAGCUACGAUCGACAGUAUUACUGGCUCGUCAACGACACUUAUGAGCGACCGGUCUGUUUUGAGAAUGUCAACUCUUUUCAAACCGCGUUUUUGUUUUUUGUUGAGACGGAAACGACGGUUGGCUAUGGGAAGAGGACUAUUACAGCAAAUUGUCCUGAAGCGAUUCUGCUGCUCAUUAUACAGUGUUUGGCCGGAACGAUGGUGGAUGCUUUCAUGGUCGGAUGUAUCUUUAUCAAAAUUUCCAAGCCUCAGGAAAGUUUUUCAAAAGCUCUAGAAUCAAAUGCAACCCAUAAGUGA